CAGCUGGGGGCAGUGGACACGCUCGGAGCUCCGCUAGGCUAGGCGGCGGCGGGCGACAGACCGCACGGCGAGGGAAGAAGGAAGACCGAGUGGCCCCGGCAGCCGCUGUCGCGCCGUCCCCCGGCCCCCGGCGCCUCUCGGCUGUCGCUCGCGCCGCAGAUGGCUGACCCGGCUGCGGUGCCGCCGCCGAGCGAAGGCGAGGAGAACACGGUCCGCUUCGCCCGCAAAGGCGCCCUCCGGCAGAAGAACGUGCACGAGGUGAAGAACCACAUUACCGCCCGCUUCUUCAAGCAGCCCAACUUCUGCAGCAACUGCACCGACUUCAUCUGGGGAUUCGGGAAACAGGGAUUUCAGUGUCAAGUGUGCUGUUUCGUAGUCCAUAAGAGAUGCCAUGAAUUUGUCACCUUCUCCUGCCCGGGUGCUGAUAAGGGCCCAGCCUCUGAUGAUCCACGGAGCAAGCACAAGUUUAAAAUCCACACUUAUUCCAGUCCAACGUUUUGUGAUCACUGCGGCUCUUUACUGUAUGGGCUCAUUCACCAAGGAAUGAAAUGUGACACCUGCAUGAUGAAUGUGCACAAACGUUGUGUGAUGAAUGUCCCGAGCCUCUGCGGAACAGACCACACUGAGCGUCGAGGACGAAUCUACAUCAAGGCCCGGAUUGAUAAAGACGUUCUCACUGUUGUUGUAAGAGAUGCAAAAAAUCUAGUACCUAUGGACCCUAAUGGUCUAUCAGAUCCUUAUGUAAAACUGAAGCUCAUCCCUGAUCCCAAGAGUGAAAGCAAGCAGAAGACCAAAACCAUCAAGUGUUCUCUCAACCCUGAGUGGAAUGAGACAUUUAAGUUUCAACUGAAAGAAGCUGACAAAGAUAGGCGACUUUCUGUGGAGAUUUGGGACUGGGAUCUGACCAGCAGGAAUGACUUCAUGGGGUCCUUGUCCUUUGGGAUCUCAGAGCUGCAGAAAGCUGGUGUUGAUGGAUGGUUUAAAUUACUAAGUCAAGAGGAAGGAGAGUAUUUUAAUGUUCCAGUUCCUCCUGAAGGAGAAGAAGGCAAUGAAGAGCUCCGGCAGAAAUUUGAGAGAGCCAAGAUUGCCCAGGAAACCAAAGUUACUGAAGAAAAGACAGCCAAUGCAAUAUCUAAGAUUGACAACAACGGAAACCGAGAUCGGAUGAAACUGACUGACUUUAAUUUCCUCAUGGUGCUGGGAAAAGGCAGCUUUGGCAAGGUCAUGCUUUCGGAAAGAAAAGGCACCGAUGAACUCUAUGCCGUGAAGAUCCUGAAGAAAGAUGUCGUGAUCCAGGAUGACGAUGUGGAAUGUACAAUGGUAGAGAAGAGGGUGCUUGCUCUUGCUGGGAAGCCUCCAUUCCUGACACAGCUACACUCCUGUUUCCAGACAAUGGAUCGCCUAUAUUUUGUGAUGGAAUAUGUGAAUGGUGGAGAUCUCAUGUACCAGAUCCAACAGGUUGGACGAUUUAAAGAGCCGCAUGCUGUAUUCUAUGCCGCAGAAAUUGCUAUCGGUCUAUUCUUCUUACAAAGCAAAGGUAUCAUUUAUCGAGACCUAAAGCUCGACAACGUAAUGUUGGAUUCUGAAGGCCACAUCAAGAUCGCUGACUUUGGCAUGUGCAAGGAGAACAUCUGGGAUGGGGUGACCACCAAGACCUUCUGUGGCACUCCAGACUACAUUGCCCCUGAGAUAAUUGCCUAUCAGCCUUACGGGAAGUCGGUAGAUUGGUGGGCAUUUGGAGUGCUGCUGUAUGAAAUGUUGGCUGGCCAGGCUCCUUUUGAAGGAGAAGAUGAAGAUGAGCUUUUCCAGUCUAUCAUGGAGCACAAUGUGGCCUACCCCAAGUCCAUGUCAAAGGAAGCUGUGGCCAUCUGCAAAGGGCUGAUGACCAAACACCCCGGUAAACGUCUGGGAUGUGGGCCUGAAGGUGAACGAGAUAUUAAGGAACACGCAUUUUUCCGGUAUAUUGACUGGGAGAAACUUGAACGCAAGGAGAUUCAGCCCCCAUACAAGCCAAAGGCUAGGGACAAGCGUGAUACGUCCAACUUCGAUAAAGAGUUCACCAGACAGCCUGUGGAACUCACUCCCACUGAUAAACUCUUCAUCAUGAACUUGGACCAAAAUGAGUUUGCUGGAUUCUCCUACACUAACCCAGAAUUUGUUAUUAAUGUGUAGAUGAGAUGUAUAACCCUGUGGUCAUGCCUAAAGUCAGCGACUUUAGACCCAGUUGUAAAUAGGAAUUCUAGUCUUCUGGGAUGUGAGGUGCAGAUGCCACCAUUCACCAUGUGGAGAGAUUGUUUUCUGGGGCCUCUCUUUGUACGUGUAUCUUGCCAGUUUGUUUUCUACAUUUGAAAAUGUUUCAUUUGGAGUAAAAUGCAUUAACCUAAUAGCAAGAGGUCUAACUUUUCCAACCUCUAAUCCAACCUUAGUUAUGCAUUGAAUGAGCAAAAAAAAAAUAUUCCAACUCCUGUGUCUGGUCCCAAAAUGCUUCCAUCUUUGUAAUUUUUAAAAUCAGAAGCUGACAUUCUGGUAAAGUUUUUACAGUUAUUCCACAGUGGUUUUCUUUUUCCCCCUUCGAAUGCUAAGCAUGGUCGGUAUAUUUAAGAGUUGUGAGUAAGCUUUGCUGUUACUGUGAACUUAGUAUCUCUUAGAGGAACCUUUUGUUCAAGAAGUUGAGAUGAUUAAAUCUGAUUAAUGUAUUGAAGAUGUACGCUUUACCCAUUUCUAUUUUUAAGCGCAUUGUAUAUAGUAUAACAGGCUUGAUGAAGCUAAUGUCUUCCUCCUUCACUCAUAGGAAAUGUAUCCACUUGGCCAUUCAUUCACUGUUUUUCAUGUUUAUUAAUGACUCAGGCAAAAAUGUCUACACAGCACUAAACAAGCAAAAGAGAAGGCCAGCUUCCUAGAGCCGGAAUGGCUCCGGGGUGUCUCUAUCUGCCCAUUGGCUAAAUAGGACAUUUCUGUUCAAAGGGUACUUUUCUCUUUUUGCAGUCACCCCAGGAAGGAAGGCAAGGGGGAGGGGCACAGCCCAAACCACAGAGCUGAGCCCACACACCUCUCUGUGAGGGUUUCCUUACUCUAUAAAGGGUAUACAUCUGUCUUCCUCUCUCCAAAGAUAUAUUUGACCAUGAAACUCAGCAGGGAACAGUAAAGUAGUGGUCUCUAAAGGUCAUCGGCAAGUUCGUCUUCUCCAUGCCUCAUUCCACUCCUUUGUCAAAGGAUCGGUUUGGACUAGGUAAGCUAUAAGAGGCCUUGUGGCUCUGACACUCUCUGUUCUAACAUUUCUUCUCUGAAUCUUAUAUUCUAGGAUCUUAUGUUUUUUCUGACAAAUCUGAUGAAUGCUUUUCCUUUUGGCCCAUCUCCACCUUUCUCCAAUGAGUCCUAAAAGGACUCUUAUGUAGCAUAUAAAAAUGAUAGUAAGCAGGGUGGGGGCUUCCAGCAAGGGCCUACCUAGCCUCCAUACAUUGCUCAACAGUCUUCCAGCCCUGUUCAAAAUUCAGCCCUACUGCUAUUAAUUUCUUUUUUUUCUAUAUUGUUUUUUCCUUUGAUUCUGUUUGUGAAGACGUGGUAAUCCCAGCCUGGAUGUACCAUGCAAGAGGUCUCUGCUCUUGCCAAGGCUAGUAGGCAGUAGCAAAGAUCAUUGCUGUCAGACUGAAUGAACUGUGAUGUUCUCCAAAGAUGACUCACGGUCCUCCCCACCCCCACCACUCACUCGCCUCAUGCGCAGUACAACUCCCAUGACUUAAG